AGUGUAGAAUAAAGAAAUAAUGGCGAAAGCGAAACAGAAAAACUCAAAGCAAAGUUAGAAGGAUUUGACGGAUUUUUGUUAAUCGCCGUUGCAGCAGAUUAAACAAUCUAACACUUAUUGGAAUUUAUAUCUAAAUAUUUAUUUUAACGAAACAUUUUGUCUGUGAAACAUGUUUUGAAGUGACGUUUAGUGUUAUCGAUUCAAAUAAGCGUUCGAUAAUGGAUACUAGUUCGGAAAAUUUGGACGAGAGCAUGCAGGAUGUUAUACAAAGAGCAGAGGCAUUCAUAACGGCGCACUCUUUCCUGAAUCGCGAAGCCGAACGUUCCUCCAGCAACAUCUUUGACGCCAGCGGCGAAUCAUUUCGUACUGCCCCUGACGAAUCCUCAUUUGCAAACGAUUCAGGUUCAAACACGUCCGGUGGAGGUCCAUCGUCCAGUGGCGUGAUGGAUCACAGCAGUGAUAAUAGCAACAUUAGAACGGUGGAACCACAGGACCGAGAUCAAGAUCAGAUUGAAGUGCUCAGCGACGAUUCCCAAUCUACCGUGCCAUACGACGUAAAUAUUUCACCAAGAAACCCUCCCACGGACAACGAUGAUUGCUUCGUCAUUGAAGUGCCAGCACCAGUCGUCAAUCUGUGUUCCCCGUACGUCGACGGUUUGGUUUCUCCUCGUACCAGACGAGCACGACGAAGGAGGGCAGAUGCCGCUCCCGUCGUGGAAUCUAUCAACUUGGACGACACGGUCGCUGAAGCCGCCUCUCCAGCAAUCGCAAGACUAUCACAUUCGUCGCCCAAGAAACGAAUUGUUGCGGCUCCAAUCGGAGGUAACUCAGCACCAUCAGACAAUGCGAAAUCUCUCAGUGGAACAGCGGCAGCAACACCAUCGGUCGCCUGCCCAAUAUGUUUGGAGUCGAUUUUUCAUCAGCAAGCAGCUUCCACUAUUUGUGGCCACCUCUUCUGUAAGGAGUGCAUCUACCAAGAAAUUCAAAUCCGCCGGAAAUGCCCGAUGUGCAAGCGAGCGCUCAAACGGCACCAGGUUCAUCCGAUUUAUUUCAAUUAGUUAUGACUAUUGUCCUUGUGAUGCACAGACUGUUUUAUUUAAACGUUUUCCAUAUGUAUUAUCUUUAGUUUUUUAACACGCGAUUUAACAACUCUA